AUGAGAUCAUGUUUCCUAUGGUUAUUUCCGGUGUUUGUUGCAACUACUCUCGUUAAAAUGGAAAGGUACAUAAUCAUAAACAUCAUCAUACUUACUUAAUCUGAGGUUUAAUAGAGCGAUUUAAAUGAUAUUACUAUUAAUCAAUAAUCUGAAACUAAAAUUAAUAUCAAUUCUUUUUAAACGUAUGCCGUCCGUUUGCUUAUUGUUGUGAAUGUUAGGGUGAUGGCUGUCAAUAAUGUCAAACAUGAACAAAACAUUGGCACGGUAUUAUUUGAGAAAAGCGACGCUACUAAACAUUGCUGGACUACGGAGGAAUUUAUUAUUUUGAAUAGUCGACGAAUGUUUCAAGAUCUGUUACCCAAGGUGAAAGUCCUAAAUUAUGAGAACGACCGAUACAUCGCACUGCUGAUGGAUUACUUUCACCUUUGUUUGGAGAGCGUGCGUAAGCUGUCGAUAGGAAAAACGAAGCAUCUGAUGCUGAAAGCCCUGGCGGACACAAUGGGCGGCUACUUGCAGGUUUACAUUCUACCCCUCACCAGGCAUUCCUAUUACGCGGGCAACAUAAAGUAUCGAAACGCUCGAAAAUUGUUCGAACUGUACGAACAAUUGAAAGUCUUCUUACGAAGUAACGGCGCUGGCUGGUUGAAUCCCUCGAAAGAGACAAAAUGGACGAAAAUUUCACCGAUCGUGAUCACGUUGCCGAGAACCUCGAUCGCGUGCGACGGCAUUAUUACUUACUCUGCAUGUAAGAAUAUGACUACUGCCUUUCGCAAAGUAUUCAUAGUAUCGCGUUACCUUUUAAGAAGAACACGUUGCAGUCUCUGUACAGUGAACGAUCGAUUUUUGCAUUGGUUAAAUAUUACAUAGCUAGCGUGAAGUGCAUCGUUUCAAAGUCGAAGGCAAAAACCGAGCUGGAGACAUUUAAUCAGGAGUUUUACAAUUGGCUGCAGCAAUCCGCGCUGGAACCGGCCCCGCGAAAGGAGGAAAAAGCGGAACUUAUCAAGUGAUGCCCAAAAUAGGCGCGGGAUCAACUGUUGAACCCGAGGAAGCUGUACUGCCUCUGUACAAAGAAGAGGAAGCAGGAGUCACGCUGGGAACGACGGAAUUAAUAUCGAUUGCAGUGGUGAGCGCGUUGCUAGUCUGGUUACUGGUGGGCUUGAGCGUGGUCUGUUAUAGAUUCCUUAUGAAACACACGGACGAGUCUGUCCCCUGUGAAUCGCAGGAUCCUCCAAAGUUUAUUACAGUUCGGAUGGUUCGUUAACCACGAAUACCGAGAGUCCUCGCAAACCAAGACAAUAAAGGAUUACAAGUUCUCAUUUACCUUUUAACAUCGGUAUAUGUUUUUAGUAUAUGCGAUAAAUACACCUACAAAUAAAA